AUGCCGCCAUUGCUCCGUGCAACCCCGCGCCAGAGGGCAUUCCAGGCUUUUCCCGCAGCCAGGUCUGGGGUGAGCGUUACUCGUCUGGGGUAUUGCAGGUUCGCCUGCUCUUUGCAGAAAUCAGUCAAUGGCACAACAACUUCCAGGAGGACUUGUACCCCGUCCGUCAGCAGGCAAAGGUCUGCAUUGAUCUCAUCCUCUCUAAGUUGGAACAUACAGCAGAAGUGGUCAUCGACGGUAGCCAACGAUCCCAAAAUGUACACGACAUCAUUUGCGUUCUUCGAGGCGCUAUGGGAUGCCGGAGUCACCCAUGUGUUUGUCAAUCUGGGCUCCGACCAUCCGAGCAUCAUCGAGGCCAUGGUCAAGGGUGCCCGUGAGAAGAAGGGCCAGUUUCCUCGGAUUAUCACGUGUCCCAAUGAGAUGGUGGCCAUGUCGAUGGCUGAUGGUUAUGCGCGCCUGACCAACAAGCCGCAGGCCGUCAUCGUCCACGUCGACGUGGGCACCCAGGGUCUCGGUGCAGCCGUCCACAAUGCCAGCGCUGGUCGUGCUCCCAUCCUCGUUUUCGCUGGCAUCUCGCCCAUCACGCAGGAAGGCGAGCUGCGCGGGUCGCGGACCGAGUUCAUCCAUUGGAUUCAAGAUGUGCCAGACCAAAAGCAGAUUGUCGCUCAGUACUGUCGGUAUUCAGCUGAGUUGAAGACGGGAGUAAACGUGAAGCAAAUGGUCAACCGGGCGCUGCAGUUUGCCAAAUCGGCGCCGCAGGGUCCCGUGUAUCUUUGCGGAUCGAGAGAGGUGAUGGAACAGGAGAUUGAGCCGUACAGCAUCCAACAAGACGAAUGGGAUCCAGUUGAGCUAGGCGGGCUACCUGGGUCGGCCGUGAGCAAGAUCGCAGAAGCCUUGGCCGGUGCAGAAAGGCCGCUAUUGAUUACUGGAUAUGCCGGAAGAAACCCAGAGAUGCCGGCAAAGUUGGUGGAGCUGGCAAACACUGUCAAAGGCCUUCGAGUGCUGGACACGGGUGGCAGCGACAUGUGUUUCCCAGCAGACCAUCCGGCAUGGCUGGGAUUGCGGUACGGCAAUGAGGAGGCAAUCCAGACCGCCGACACCAUCAUCGUUCUGGACUGCGACGUUCCCUGGAUUCCCACCCAGUGUAAACCACGAUCAGACGCCAAGAUCUUCCAUAUCGACGUCGACCCCCUCAAACAAGUGAUGCCUCUCUUUUACAUCAAGGCGCAGGCACGGUAUCGAGCCGACGCCAUGGCAUCUGUGGAUCAGAUCCUGGCGGCACUGCAAUCAGAUGAAAGCCUAAGAGCCAAGUUGGCAGGCGGGGCCAGUGAGCAAAGGUGGACCGCAUUGCAAACGUCGUACAGGGAGCGGAUUGACGGUAUUGCGUCGCGAGCGAGACCUCUUGACAAUGGUGAGUUUGGGACCGGCCACCUGUGUUCCAAGUUGCGAGAGUUGUGCCCAGAAGACACAAUCUGGGCCGUCGAGGCCGUCACCAACACCCUAUUCGUCCACGACAACAUUCAGCCAACAAAACCAGGACAGUGGAUCAACUGCGGUGGUGGGGGGUUGGGGUGGUCUGGUGGUGGUGCUCUUGGAGUUAAGCUUGCGUCGGACCAUGAGGCCAAACUUCAGGGCCACGAGCAUGGCAAGUUUGUGGUGCAGAUUGUCGGCGAUGGGUCGUUUUUGUUCUCGGUUCCCGGCAGCGUAUAUUGGAUUGCAAAGCGUUACAACAUUCCCAUUCUGACCAUUGUGUUGAACAACAAGGGCUGGAACGCGCCACGCAGGUCGUUAUUGUUGGUCCAUCCCGACGGCCUGGGCGCUGGUGCGACCAAUGACGAUAUCCACAUUGCGUUCAACCCUUCUCCGGACUAUGCUGGCAUUGCCAAAGCAGCAGCUGGAGGAGACGUUUUUGCUGAGAGGGUUGACCAAGCAGCCGACUUGGUGGAUGUUCUAAAGAGGGCUAUCCAGGCAGUGCAGAACGGGCAAACAGCUGUUGUCGACUGCAAAGUUGCCUCUGGAUGCUGA